AUAAUGCCUCGGGGGACGCUGACAAGUGGAUCCAAGAUGGCGCAAAAGUAAAGGCAAAGGAUUUUGUUUGCUGAGUCAUGGCAUACAGGAGACCGGAAAAGUCAUGUGAACAAGCAUUUGAAUGUCUGAGAGUGCAGGAGUAUGAGCUGGCAGCAAAAUACUGUACAGAAGCACUCAUCACCCUUAGCAACCCUUCCAUCACCACCACAUCAUGUCAGCCAGAACUAGAUCGUAUUCGAAUUGAAAGUCUUCUCUACAGGAUAGCCUGCUUCUUGCAACUUAAAAACUAUGACCAGGCUGAUGGAGACUGUAAGAUUGUGUUGGCAGAGGGACUGGCCAAGGGAGACGGCACACUGCAAGCAGUGUUUCGCUGCAUGUACGUGGAGGGGAAGUUACAAGCAGUGUCCAGCAUUUUAUCAAAAUCCUUGAUGGGGGAAUCUUUGAAUGGGAUGAUAACAAAAGAUGUAACCAGGCUCAAAAUGCUUCUUGCAGAAAUGGAAAUAACCAGCAAUAAACUGAUGUCUGCGUAUUUAGAAGACACAGAAGAAGAUUCUGAAGAUGGAUGGCAGUUCCGGCCUCCUCCCCGUGGUGUAACCUGUAGCGAAGAAUACACACUGUGCAAAAGGUUCAUAGAACAGAAGAUAUGUAGAUAUGGUGCUCAGUGUACAUCUGCACACUCGCAGAAGGAGCUGGCUGAAUGGCAGAAACGCUACUCUUCACGGCUAAUGCGGUUGAAACAGCAAAAAGAAAGUAAACAGUCUAUUGGGAAUUAUAUGGAAACAUUAAUUGAAAAAUGGAUGAAUUCUUUAUCUCCAGAAAAAGUGCUUAGUGAGUCUGUGGAUGGUGUAGCAGUGGAACAUAGCCCAGAACUAUCGGUAACUGUGACAACCAAGAAAUCUAGUCAAGCGUGGACCUUUAUACUCCAUUGUAAACCUGCACGUUUGCUGUAUCGAAUAGCCUUGCUCUACGAUGCUCAUCGUCCUCAUUUUUCCAUCUUGACUGUUUCUGUUGGUGAUCUCAACACCCAGGUGGUACAAGAUGUACCUGAGAACUGUCAGGAAUGGCUUGGAGGAGGAAAGAUGGCUCAGAAUGGAAUGGACCAUUGUAUAUAUAGAGUCAGUGUACAGUUCAAUACGGAAAUAUUUGGAACUUUUCGUCAAACUGUAGUUUUUGACUUUGGGUCUGAACCAGUCCUGAUGCAAAGGAUUAUGGUGGAUGCUGCAUCAAUAGAAGAUUUGGAACACUUGAUGCAGGCAAGGCAGCAACUUCUCACCACAGCUAAACGAUGGGAUUCCACUUGUAAAACUAUUGUAGAGUUUGAGCCAAAUGAAACCACUGACUUGGAGAAAAGUCUCCUGACUCGGUACCAGAUUCCGUUGUCUGCAGACCAGCUCUUCACACAAUCUGUGCUUGACAAAUCAUUGACCAAAUCUAAUUAUCAGUCUCGAUUACAUGAUUUACUUUACAUCGAGGAAAUAGCACAGUAUAAGGAAGUCAGCAAGUUCAACAUUAAAGUAAAUUUAUAUCUGGUAGCAAACUUCAUGCUUACUGGUGUUUCAGGCGGUGCUAAAUAUGCUCAAAGUGGACAGCUUUUUGCUCGCUUCAAACUUACAGAGACUCUUUCAGAAGAAACUUUGGCUGGACGAUUGGUAAUGACCAAAGUCAAUUCUGUUUUACUGUUGCCAAUAACUAAAGAGAGGUCCAUGCAAGCCCAGGGAACCAAAGAAAAGGUUUAUGAAGCCAUGAUUGAGGAAAAAACUAAGGAAUGUAUUUACUUGAGGUUGACCAAGGAAUGCUGUGAGGAACUAAAACUUCGAGCAGACAGGGAGAUGCAGGUUGAACUUCAGUUUCAACUCAAUCGCUUGCCCCUCUGUGAAAUGCAUUAUGCCCUGGACAGAAUCAAGGACAACAGCAUUCUCUUUCCAGAUGUCUGCAUGUUUCCCACAAUUCCCUGGAGUCCCAUCAGGAGUAGACAAUGGGACGAGCAGUUGGAUCCCCGGCUAAAUACUAAACAGAAGGAGGCUAUUCUGGCAAUCACAACUCCACUUUCCAUCCCACUUCCUCCUGUUCUCAUCAUCGGUCCCUAUGGAACAGGAAAAACAUUCACAUUGGCUCAGGCAGUCAAACACAUACUAAAACAGCAGGAUACAAGGAUUCUUAUUUGCACCCAUUCCAACAGUGCUGCUGAUUUAUACAUAAAAGAUUACCUCCAUCCUUAUGUAGAAGCUGGAAAUCCACAGGCUAGGCCUCUCAGGGUGUAUUUCAGAAAUCGAUGGGUGAAGACUGUACAUCCAGUAGUGCAACAGUACUGUUUGAUUUCAAGCACACAUUCCACCUUUCAGAUGCCACAGAAAGAGGAUAUCUUGAGACAUCGAGUGGUGGUGGUUACUCUUAGUACAUCGCAAUAUCUCUGCCAGUUGGAUCUUGAAUUAGGUUUAUUCACUCAUAUUCUAUUGGAUGAAGCUGCUCAAGCAAUGGAGUGUGAGACCAUCAUGCCUUUGGCACUAGCUAGUAGACACACAAGGAUUGUUUUAGCUGGGGAUCACAUGCAGCUUAGUCCCUUUGUAUACAGUGAAUUUGCCCGGGAAAGAAAUCUUCAUGUGUCUUUGCUAGAUCGUCUAUAUGAACACUACCCCGCAGAGUUUCCGUGCAGAAUACUACUGUGUGAGAACUAUCGUUCCCAUGAAGCUAUUAUCAAUUACACUUCUGAAUUAUUCUAUGAGGGGAAGUUGAUGGCUAGUGGAAAACAACCAGCACACAAAGAUUUCUAUCCACUAACAUUCUUCACAGCUCGAGGAGAAGAUGUGCAAGAGAAAAACAGCACUGCUUUCUACAACAAUUCAGAGGUCUUUGAAAUAGUAGAACGUGUUGAAGAACUCAGAAGGAAGUGGCCAGUUGCCUGGGGGAAAUUGGAUGAAGGCAGCAUUGGAGUCGUGACACCAUAUGCUGAUCAAGUGUUUAGGAUUCGUUCGGAACUGCGUAAGAAGAGAUUGUCAGAAGUGAAUGUAGAACGAGUCCUGAAUGUUCAAGGCAAGCAAUUUAGAGUCUUAUUCCUCAGUACAGUAAGGACAAGACACACAUGCAAGCAUAAGCAGACCCCCAUCAAGCGAAAGGAGCAGUUAGUAGAGGACUCCACCGAGGACCUGGACUAUGGGUUUCUGUCUAAUUACAAACUACUUAAUACUGCCAUCACAAGAGCACAGUCCCUGGUUGCUGUGGUUGGAGACCCCAUAGCUCUGUGCUCGGUUGGUAGAUGCAGGAAAUUCUGGGAAAGCUUCAUUGAUAUCUGUCACGAGAACAACAGUCUCCAUGGCAUCACAUUUGAGCAAAUCAAGGCACAGCUGGAGGCACUGGAGUUGAAGAAGACAUACGUCCUUAAUCCUCUAGCCCCAGAAUUCAUCCCGAGAGCUCUCCGACUUCAGCAGCCAGCAAAUUCUAACAAACAGCAACAGCAGCCAUCCCCUCCUAAGAAUAAGGGCCACCACCACAACCAGGGUGACCACUUUCCAACAGAUGGAUUUGUUCAACCCAAUCCUACAGUAUUAAUUGGGAACCCCAUCAGAGCCUAUACUCCACCUCUUGGUCCUCAUCCUUCCCUUGGUAAAUCUCCAAGCCCUGUCCAACGGAUAGAUCCACAUACCGGUACUAGCAUCCUAUAUGUGCCUGCUGUCUAUGGUGGAAACAUGGUGAUGUCUGUGCCUUUGCCAGUUCCUUGGCCUAGUUACCAAGGCCGUUUUGCAGUUGAUCCUCGCAUUAUGAGCCAUCAAGCAGCUAUGGCGUACAACAUGAACUUGCUGCAGGCACAUGGGCGUGGAUCUCCCAUCCCCUACAAUCUUGGUCAUCAUUCCCCAAUUGGACUAGGGCAGCAACAUCCAGAGAAGGAGCACGAACAAAGCAGAACAGCGAAAGGUGAGGGCAGUGUAAGAACUGAACAAAAUAGGCUUCAAACUCCUGAGAAGAAGCCACCUGAUUCCAAAGAGAAGCAGGCGGAACCUGAAUUGUUGGCACAAAACAGAAGCCCUGAAUCACACUCCAAUUUAGGCUAUCCCAUUUCUAGAUUUCAUCGAAAGGACAACCUCGGUCAAAGGCAGCUAAAUUUUCACCUUGCUUCUUCGCAUCCACCACCUGCACCUUACCAUCAUCCUUCUAAUCGACAGUUCCCUCAUCAGCCCCCAGUACCUAGACAACCAUAUCCAGUACAGCAGCAUCAACUGCCACAACCACACAACCAAUUGCCACAACAACAGCCAUCGCAGCUCUCUCCAGCUUUUCCACAAGCUCCGAACCACACUUAUUUUCCUACUUCCCAUUCUCAUCCAUCACAGCAUUCCCCAAACAAUGAUAAUGUGUGUCCGGAUCAGCCUCUCUCUGGUCUGGAAGGACUAAACCCACUGAGGUCAGUUCCACACUUCAACACACCCCAUACUCGUCCAUUCAAUUUCAUCGAAGACAAUACCUCAGGACACGGGAUGGGGGAAAUUUUAGAGUCAUUGCAUACCAACACAGCUGAAGAUCUCAUGAGACAGCAUUCAAGAAUUCACCCGUGGAAUGAACAUCAGGACUACGUCAAUACAGGGAGUCCAUCAUAUCCUCACCAACUACAACAGCUUGCUCACCCAUCCCAGCAACAAGUCAGGUAUACACAACAUGCUGUCAAAGGGCAGUGGAAACAUGGCAAUAAUCCUGAAGAGGAAAAUGGACCGACGUAUCAAAGAUUCCCAGGUUUAUUAAGAGAGACAACACCUUCAGAUCAGACUGAAAAUAAAGAACUGAAUGAGAUGCCCCUGCAGUCCCGGUUGUUACAAUACAGACAGAUUCAGACCAGAAAUCCUCCUGUACAUCUUCCUACAGCUAACACAAAUCACAAUAGCCAGUAUCCAAAUUUGAAUGACAGUAAUUCUUCCCUUGAACCCAUCAACAACUCUAGCUUUCAGCAGCUGCCGCAGCAACCAAUGUAUAAUCCCGCAUACCCAGUACCUUCAGGACAUACGCCGCCACCUUCUUCAAAGUACCUGCAACCCGAGGGCUCAUGGACGCUUUCUGGUAUGCAACAGAACCACCUCCUGGGGCAAAGUAUACCAUAUGGCAUUUCACAAUUGCCUCACAGAGCAGAACCACAUCCCAUAAUGUCUCUACAGCACCAACACAACAGUAGAGAGGACUCAUUUCACCCAAUCUCUUCUCGAACAGUAUCUGUUUCUUCGCUUCACAGCAUAGAAAAGUAUGAAGCCAGAGGACCAGGAAGGCCUUUGUACCAAAGAAGAAUUUCAGCCAGUUCUGUUCAAGCAUUUCCUGAAGAUUCUAGCAAUCCUCAAGGCAAUCUUAGUCAAUGUAAGGAGCUUCAAGACCACAGCAAUCAUUCUUCAUAUAACUACACGUCUCCAGAGAUGUGGGUGAAUGCCAACUCUUCGGCUGCCCUCCAAAACAUUCUGUGCAAUGGAUCCAACAGAACAGUGGCACCACGGGACCUUUUAGUUCAAUCCAAGAAACUAAGACCCCCAGAGGAGCACCUGAAGCCCGAGAAUGUACCGCAGCUGUCAGCAAACUCGUUCAACUACAAUGUGCUCCAGCACCUUGGCCAGUUUCCUCCCCUCCUCUCCAACAACCAGAUCACAGAGUCCAGUAGCCAGCAGAAAGCAAGUGGAAGUAAACCAGUCAUGUCAUAUGCCAAUGCAUUACGGGCUCCGCCAAAGCCUAAACCUCCACCUGAGCCUGCGAAGAAAAAUGGCGACCCCCUGUCUUUGUUUCAGGAACUCAGCAUAGGCAGUUCAUCAGGUAGCAAUGGGUAUUACUCUUAUUUCAAAUAAAAAAUAUUGUUGCUUUUUAGAUUUUAAAAUGAGUCAGAACAGUCAGAAAUAUAGUUUGUUAAAAGUAUUCAGCAACUCUGUGACAAAACUUCCUGGAAUAAUUUUUUUGUUUUUUUUGUUUUAUUUUGUCAGAAGGGUCUCAUCCUGUGUAUAUUUUACAUUACUUUGUGUACUUUGUAGUUGAUCAUAGAUUCCUAAAUUCAACCUUAUUUCUUUCAACAAAAAAAAACAAAAAAAUCUUUGAUAUGCUUGGGUAAAUCUUGUAUCAGCUCAGAAAAAAAAAAUGGGGAAAAAAAAAGUUUUUAAGCAGAGCAUUAAUUUUCGAGUCACUUUUUAAGAAUACUUUGCUGACAUAUAAUAGCAUACGGUGCUGGGGUUCUGUACUAAAAGUAGCCAGCUUACAUUAGGAGGAGGACAGCAAAAUUUGUUUUCAUUUCAAGCAAAGUUUCUUAAAAAAUGUUAAUUGCAUUCAGAAACAUUUUGAUCAACUGAAAGAUUUUACUCUGUGUAAAGUGUUAUUGUAAACAAACUGCUUUUAACUUAAAUAGGAUAUAUAUUUGCAUAAACAUACACACAUGUAUAUUAAAAUUCAGUUUAGACACAAAGCUUUUACUUUUUAAAUAAAAAGGCAGAAAUCACUGCAGAAAACAUAAGCACACCUUCAUCACACAUGCUCUGCUUUUUAUUUGUUUUCUGAGACAAGGUGACAGCUUUGCUCAUUACGGUUAAUUUGAUAGAUUUUUUUUAAAUUGAAUCAUGAAGAUGAAAUAAAUCUAGAUAUGCUGGUGCUUAGUAGAUUAUUAACUUUUAAAACAAAAGUGUGAAUUUAGUUUAAAAGAAAAGUUCUUGUUUGGCUUCACUAUGCAUGUGUAAAUGUUUUUAAAUCUGGCUUUUUUUUCUUUGAAGGGUUACACAACUGUGUAGAACUUCAUAGCUUUUACUGUAGUUUUAAUUUUGGUACAUUAUUUGAUGUUUACAUUAAAACGUGAUGACAUACAA